UUCCCUCCGCCCCCGGCAUCGGCAGCGCGCGGCGAGCCGCCGGGACUCAGCUCCGAAUCCGGAGCUAGGAGCAAAAGUAAAAGCUCAGCUUGGCUCUGCCGGGGUUGCGGGAGCGCACAUGCGGGGCGCAGAGACCGCCCAGCGCUCGGUUCUCAGUGGGCUCGGUGUUCCCACUCGAGGAUUCGCCCGUGGAGCCGUGCCCGGCAAAUGGGCGCAUGAGGAAAGAGAACAGAGAGAUGGACUGCUAUUUGCGUCGCCUCAAACAGGAGCUGAGGGAGGGCAUCAGGUGCACAAUACAGACCUGGAUCCAGAAAGUGCCAGCUCAUGGCUGUCCAGAUUCCAUGACAGCUUUCCACUUCUGCCUGCAAAGGCUCUACUCUUCCUGCUUGGGAGGGAACUUAACACUGGUUUAGUGCCAGCUUUGGAGGGGAGUGAGGACUGAGCUUUAAGUGGCAGGUGUUCUCAUUGAUACUUCCUGAUCCAGUCACCCUGGCACUCUUCCUGUCUGCCUUCUCAGUGUCCAGUACCAGGAAAGGAAGAUGAGACCAUCACAGUAUCUGAGGUCCAAAGCCCAUGCUGCAAAAAGAAACUAAUAGAAUCCUCCUCUUUGUGCUUGGAAUAAGGAACCACGCCACCCACAUCAGGAUCUGCCUAAAUGGAGUACUUAUAUCCAUGAAGGAAGUGGGUGAUGGCUUACAGGAUCAGAUGAACUGCAUGAUGGGUGCACUGCAAGAACUGAAGCUCCUACAGGUACAGACGGCGUUGGAACAGCUGGACAUCUCUGGCGGGAGUCCUGUACCAGUCUCCCUCGAAAGUCCCCGGACACAGCCCAAGUGGUCUCACUGGGAAGGUGGCAGAGAUCUGGCUAGGCCUGUGGCCUGCUCCUCCCCCUCCAGCCAUCCUGCUCUUGGCAACAGCACCAAGUUUCCAAGCCAUAGGAGUGUCUGUGGGCGGGAUCCCAGCCCCCUCUCCAGGCCACAGCUGCAAGAGCACCAAAGCUGUACCCAGCAGGGGCCAGAGUGGGUGGAACCAGAUGACUGGACCUCCACCUUGAUGUCCAGAGGCAGGAAUCGGCAGCCGCUGGUAUUAGGGGACAAUGUUUUUGCAGACCUGGUAGGCAACUGGCUAGACUUACCAGAACUGGAAAAGGGUGGGGAGAAGGGUGAGACUGGAGGGGCAGGUGAGCCCAAAGGAGAGAAAGGCCAGCCCCGGGAGCUGGGUCGAAAGUUUGCUCUAACAGCAAAUAUUUUUAGGAAGUUCUUGCGUAGUGUGCGGCCUGACCGAGACAGGCUGCUGAAGGAGAAGCCAGGCUGGGUGACACCCAUGGUCUCUGAAUCCCGGGCUGGACGCUCCCAGAAGGCCAAAAAGUGGAGCCAUUCCAAGGGCUCUGGACGUUUCCCCUUCCCAAAUGCAGGGGAGCCCAGACAAGGGGAAAAUCCUCCCACAAACAGCCCCAAGGGCAUGGAACCUUCACCCUCAGGCUUUGAUAUUAACACGGCUGUUUGGGUCUGAAUCCUAGAGGGAAAGAUGAAUGAACCCAAAAGACCAGUCCCUGUGCUGGGCCCCUGGGGAGGAGGGGGGCGGGUGUGUGGCUGUCAGAAGCCCAAAUCCAAGUUCCUUUCCUUCAGAAAGGAGGGGGAGGCCAGAGUUCUGGGGCAGGGCUGACUGGAAUGCAGUUGGGAGAGGCUGUCACAGGGUUGGCAGGGGGGAGGAGGGACAGCUCCAAGGAAAAAUGUGUGUGUUGUGCUUAUUUGGGGGCUUCAGGUGACAGUAGUGGAGGCACAGGGUGAUCAAAAGGUCCUUCUGACAUUCCUCCACUGCCCUCAAAGAUCUCAAGUGAACAUUAUGUGUGGAAAAUGGCACUGGGGCUCCCAAUAAUGACCUGUCUCUGAUACUCCCAACUUUAUAGCUGCUCCUUCCCUGGCAAGGCAUGGCUGCAGGCAUGGAGACUGAAGCCCAGAUCUGCUAUCUGCUCUCUGGAGGUCAGGGCAGCCAGGGGAAUCCCCAUCCUCAUACUACUUCCACGUUGCCAUAGAUUUGAGCCACUCCAGGGUCCUGGGCAAUGGGCUGAAUAAAGAGGGCAGUGUAUGCUGAGUAGUGGGAAAAGUUAGGAAACCCCUCCUGUGUUACGUGUGGGGAUAGAUGUACAGCACUCUGCACACUCAAAAGCCUUCUUAUAAAUGGGCAAGCAAGGCAGGCAGCAUCAGUUACACUACCUGUGCUAAAACACUGCGGGCAGGUGGGAAGUGGGGGUGUUGGGGAGUGCCCACAGGGAACGUGCUGGAGCCUGGAAUUAAACACACUGCCCCUACUCCAGCAGCUCUGAGAGCCUCUGCUCAGGGCCCAAUCUCUUGCACCUUCUAGGGCAGAACACGUAAUUUCACCAGCAGGGUGAAGGUGAGCCAACUCUUUAAUCCUAGUUCCAUUGUUCAGCCCCUCCACCCUAGGCUCAACACUAGCCUUCACGAAUAGAGUCAGCAGGGGAGCCUAGCAAUGGAUGCUCCCACACAGAGGCAGCCAAUCCUCCUAAAACAGCUCCAGGGAACCGGACAGUGGAGCUCAGCAAGACAGCUCAGAGGUCUAGGUCCUAUCCCGGGGCUUUCCCUUUGGGUUGAGCCCGUGAGGGGCUCUUGCUCCUCCUCCCCUAACAGCGAGCAGCCGAGCAGCCGCUCAGCCUGAUGCAGGUGACAGCUGCAAUUAGAGGCUUGAUGCCUUCCCUCCUCAGAGCAUUGAGAGCAAACAGAAGAAGGGAAAUAACAAGGAAGACUGCUGCUUUGCAGUCUAGACUGCCAGGGGGUGGUGAUUAGAUUAGAGGGGGAUUAGAGCUGGAGUUGGGUGUGGGGAAACAAAGGCCUCUUUUUUGAGAAUUCAUUAUUUGAUAGGCAAUGUGGACACUUUCAAACUGGGAAUGACCCUAGAGGGUAUUGUAUUCCAGGUGCACCAAGGGAGGCUCAUAGGGGUCACUCAAGCUGCCCAGCUAGCAAAUGAAAGCACCAAAGUUUGAGCCAGAGGGUUAUCUAGCACCUAUAGCUCUCCCCUUUCCUACUUCAUUGCUUUGAGUUUGCCAAAUACGCUCUCUGGAGGUGCCCAUCCCACAUGUCUCCCUGGAGAACUCUUGACAGUUCAGGUCCUGGUAUGGGAAGUCGGCUGUGACUGCCUCUGGCGGUGGUGGUGGUGGUGAUGUGAUUGUGAGCAGACUAUACAUGUGAAGAUUCCUCACAUGUUCUUGGUCCCUGAGAAGGGGGGACCAUUCGGCAAAUUAUUCAAGAUGACACCAGUUUUGAGUCUGGAAUGAUUCUACAGAAAACCAAGCCACGGGUGACUCAUCUGUUCAUGGACUGGUCAUGGCAGUAAACAAAACUUUACAGAUACCUCCCAGUGCCUGGCAUUGUGAUUGGAACUAAGAACAGUAUGAUGAAAAGGACCCACCAUCUGACCUCAAGAGGAUCCAAUAAAAAAGAAAAUUCUUAUUAACCUUCACUUAGAUGGACUCCAAGGAACUGAAAACUUAUUUUAACUUGAGUCAUAACAAUUUAGAAGUGAUAUUUUCUGCCAGCAUAGGUGCCAGGAGCCUUUCUACAUUAGUGUUCUUAUAGCUUUUUCACUGUACCCUAGAAGUGGUUGCUCUUAUGAUUACCUUACAUGGAUAGGCCCAGAGAAGGUAAGGAACGUAUCCAAGGUCACAUAAGGGCAGAUCAGGACUGAAACGGUUCCACUGGCUUGCAAUCUUGUGCUUUCCACCUUACUCUACAAUAUGUCCAUUUAUCUGCCCCACAAUCAAAUCAAGAACAAAACCUGCCUUCUCCGUAUCAUCCAACUGCAUGGAUAACACCUGGCAUACUGACUGUCCAGUGUAGCAAUUCUGCUUGGAUCUUGACAGGGCUGAUGUUAUGCCCCAGUCACCACAUUAUGCUUUGUUAAAGAAAGAUUCUGGUAAUCCACCCUCCUAUAUUUUUAACUUUUCUGUCCCCUUAUGGGCUCCUGCUGUGAUGGUGAUGGAGACCAUUAUUUUGCUGAAGCUGAGUGCAGAGAUAAAUGGGAAUACAUAGGGCCUAAGAUGAGGGAAGAGUGGGGAGCAGGAGGCAGUAGGUACCGUGAAAGUGAAGUACAGAGAAACUAGCAGCUUAAUUCUGCCUCUAGGGCUCAUUUUAUGGUUAAUUAGGACGUGCAAAUGAACUGGAAGCUCAUUUAAUUCCUUCCCUAGCAUGCAGCUCCACCCUAAACCUGGCCCACUUCGCUGACAGGUAUGGGGGACCCUGAUUGGCCCAGGCCUCUGCUCAGGGCUCUACCUGCUUCUUUGUGACACCCCUGGCCAGUGUCUACAGAUGUUCCCCAGCCUCAGCAGGAAAUGGAGAGUCCCUGCUGGGCACAGUUGGUCUGUCUAGCCUCCCACUUUUCAUUUCCAACCUUUCAAAUUGAAACCUCUUUCCCUUGCUUAGACACUUUAAGACCCUGCACCCUAACCCUUUCAGGGUGAUCUCUGAAAUCAAAACUGCCAUGAGGGACAGAAACCUGGUUAAGCUUUGUCCUACUGGAUCCCUGCCUGCUCCCUAGAGCCCUGGAGACAGGGGCUCUUAUUCUUUCCCACAUUAAGAGAAAAGCAGGAGCCCAGCCUGUCUCAGAAACGAGCUGUCUCUAGCUUUUCCCAGAACAGAGCUCCCCACUCAUGGUAGUUAGGGAACUUCUACCCAUUUUUUGAUAUGAGCACUGAAUGGUGGAGUGUGACAGGUUUUGAGACCCAUUUCUGUCACUGUGUGAACUUCAGCAUACUGUUUGACCUUUCUGACCCUCGAUUUUCUCAUCCCUGAAACAGAAAUGCCGGGAAGUUUACAAGACUGUGAACCUAGGAGGCAGGUAUACUGCCUGGGGUAGGAAAGCUCCAAAGUCUGUAUUUUCCACCUCAGCACUAACCAUGAGACUCAAGGCACACUGCUAAAAAUAAAGUGCAUUCUCCAA